UUACUCCUCUGGUGCAGAUAGCGAUGUAGUCACCAUGAGCGACGUCUCAGUUGAGGACGCACAAAUCGGGAAAAACAGGCGCCUGAACUUCACGCUCACCAUCAGGGAGCCUUUGGAUUCAAACCCCACGUUGCAAAUCACCAUAACGAAGGCCACGGGUGACAUAGCUGAAUGCCAUAAUUCCAUCGGAUCAUGCCUUAACAAACUGUGUGGUGGAACAUCGACGACGGAACAGUAUCUGGGAGAGGAGUGGAACAAUACAUGCCCCGUUCCAAAGAUAACGACACGGAUAAGCGCUGAAUCGGUGCUGACGAAUUCAUUUCAAGCCCUGGUCGGAGUGGCCCCAACGACAAUCAACAUGGCAUUUGAAGUUUUUAAUGGAGGUUCAUCUGUGGGUUGCGAGUCAUUCGAUGUCUACAUAAGAGCCGCAGACAAGGACCACGAGAGAAGAAAGCAGCGUAAACCCCUGAAAUGGGGAGGUCACUAGGAUGAUGUGUGAUCUUCGAUGAUGCAAGGGCCGGAUAUGACCAAACAGCACCAUGACACAGGAUGAUGUGUUUUCAGCGAAUUCAGGAUAAAAUGGAAAAAUUGUGUGCGAAUGAUAUGAAUAAUAUUGGUCUAAAAUGCAUAGAAAUCUGUCACUAUCAAUUAUGUAAAAUGAAUAGCUAAUAAAAUAAUGGCAUAUA